UCCAAGCGGCCGCCGAGCUGCUCCUAUCCCGGGCCGCGGGGAGGGUCGGUCCUUUUGCUGGGUCGCUCGCUCGCUCGUUCACCGGGCUGAUGGCGGCGGGGACAUCUUCCUGUUGCCGGGGCGGGCUGCAGCCGCUCAAGGCCACCGUCCCCUUCCAGCUGCAGCACCGGCGGAACGGAGAUGGGGGGCGGGCAGCUAGUGUUCCAUGUGCGACCGGCCAAGUCGAGAAGGCCUGCCGGAACAGGCCUCCCAGAGUGCGGCGCACUUCUUCUCUAGAUACCAUCCUGGGAUCGUACCUCUUGGGUCAGUGGCCUCGAGAUGCCGAAGGAGCUGCCGCAGCGCAUAUGAGUGACAAAUCUACCCAGACUCCCGUAUCCUGGCAUGAAACAGAGGCAGGGAAAGCUCCAGUCCAUAAGCGUUCUGCCUCGUGGAGUAGCAUGGAUCAUCGCAGAGAGAUUGCAAAACUGAAGCAGCAGCUCCAGCGAACGAAGCUCACAGCCUGGGGCGGCAAAGACAAAGACCGGAGCUCCCCCGUUCAGGGGGAUCAUGGCGUGCUCCCGUCGGCCAAGGCUUCCCCGCCUGCACCUUCCCCAGUCUCGGCCACCGUGUCGAUCAGCCCCUGUUUGCAGAACAGCUUCGACGGUAUCAACCGGGAAUUGGAAGAGGUGUUUGUAAAGGAGCAAGGAGAGGAGGAGCUCCUCAGAAUCCUGGACAUCCCAGACGGCCACAGGGCCCCGCCCCCUCUCCAGAGAGGGCCCCGAGAGUCCUUGCUCCUCCAGCUGGAGCACAGCAGCUGCAGCAGCAGCCUCUCUCUUUCUCCGUCCCCUUCAGCUGCAGUCGGGCGGUCACUGCAAACUCCUGCUCGAGCUGUGACGGAAGAACUUACCCCUGGAGUGUUAGAAAAUCCGGGUCUGGAAGCCAAGGGAAAAGAAAAUGGCAACACUUCUCCAGUCCUUGCUUUCGCCCUGUCUCCUCGUCCCAACCACACAUAUGUGUUCAAGCGGGAACCUCCGGAGGGCUGUGAAAAAAUCCGUGCUUUUGAGGAAGUGGCGCCACUGAGCCCCGAUCAGCCUUUCCUGCCCUCCUGCCCAGAUAAGAACAAAGUCCACUUCAACCCGACUGGUUCUGCCUUUUGCCGGUUCAGCCUGGUGAAACCUCUUAACCCCAACGUAGACUUCCUGUUCAGAGACUUCUCUUCCUCUCCCAGCCCCAUGCCGCCGGGCACGUUCUCCUCCUGCCCACCCACUUCCGCCCUUCCCGUCCUCGGUUUGCGGAAAGACUCGACAGGAGACAACUUCAGCGAGAGCCCCAAAUCACCUCCGCUGAACUUGGAGUCCUGGAAGCGGCACCAGGCGGAAGAUGCCGUCCUCUUCCACAGCUCCCUGAUUGUGUGAAGCUGAGAGGGAGGGGUAGAGUCAAAAUAAACCCAUGGUCCCCUCCAUGGCCUGAGAAGAAGAGUGCCUUGGAACUGGGGAAAGGAGCACACCCAGGACACAAGUGCUCUCAGCAACAGCCUUAAUGUGUAGAUUGCCUCUGGACUCUUUGCAGCCACAGUAGGUUUUCCCUUUGACUCUGGUACUUCAAGCACUUCCUUUUCCUAUGGGUUCAUGUCAAUGUCCUCCUGCUAUUGCAAUGUCCAAAGAGCACCUAAUAUUCUGAUGGAAUACGCACACUAUUAGCCACCAGAUUUUUGUGUCUGUUUGCUUGCUGGGUUAGGCAGGAGCUCAUUUAUAGUUUUUUGUUUUAAUCUUAAGGAUGUCUCUCAGGCUUCCCUCAGAAUAGGGAGGAUGAAAGGGUUUACAUGUAGCCAGAGGAGCUGGUGUACACUGGUUCAGCAGAUGACUGCUGGGCAAAAGUUGAGCAGGGCAAUCUGUUUCCAGGGGUGCCAAGUCUAUAAUCUGUGUUUUAAGAUUCCUUUUGUAUCCUGCCCUGCACGCUAUGGGACUUGCAUCACUGGAACACAAUCAAUCCAAUGCUUGAAGCAUUUUCCCUUCAAAUGAUCAUGCCAUAACAGGUAGUUGAAUAAUCAGAUAUUCAACUUGAGUGCCUUUUUGAGGUAGAGAUCUUGAAAUAGGUUCCUCUACCUUAUGAAGAACAAGUGAGUGUGUCUUUUCCUGCAUUAUUUCCAGGUGGACCUCCUGCAAUUAGUCCUUGCAAGAGUUCUGGAAAUGCAGAAUGAAUCCCAAGCUGGAACAAUGGCUAAGGUUUUCUGGUGGAAUGCAGCUGUUAGUGAAAUUACUUCGUUUUUUAUUAUAAUAAAUUGGCCAGUCCAACAACGUCCGACACUACUAUUUUAGCCAAUGAAUUUGGGGAGUUUUAGCUUUAACCCCACUUCUAGCACACAGAACACUCCAAAGAUCCCAGGUCCACUUACACUUACGUCUUGUGCCACCCCCACCCCACAACUGAAAGGCCUUAAACCUGGUGAUGCCUUGAUUGCAAAGUGUAUUGGAAAUGAAAGUGACCAUUUUGGGGUCAUGUUAAACCUCUGGAUUGUAUUGGAAGGGUUUUCUUGAGCCCAAGAUAGAAACUAUAUUUUCUUUUGAAGACAGUAUUUUUGCAGCUACUUUUGAAGUUUUGUAAAUUUUAAUGUAUGUAUCACAAAAGCUUAAUGGAAGAAUGUUAGCCUCAGAGGUUCAUUGCCUUGUCUUGAGUUGAGAGAUUUUUGCAGAUCUUGGUGUUUAAACCAAUUUAAAAAAAUAAAAUAAAAAAUUGGGCCACUGAA